AUGGGGCCCUGGGAGUCCCCGCGGCCGGGCGGCUGGACGCCGGGCGAGGGCUGGUGCUGGCUACUGCUGCUGCCCGCGCUGCUGCUCCUGGUCGCCCGCCCCGCCCGGCUCGCGGCGUUCCCCACCUCCCUGAGCGACUGCCAAACGCCCACGGGCUGGAACUGCUCCGGCUAUGACGACAGAGAAAAUGAUCUCUUCCUCUGUGACACCAACACCUGUAAAUUCGAUGGGGAGUGCUUAAGGAUUGGAGACACUGUGACUUGCGUCUGUCAGUUCAAGUGCAACAACGACUAUGUUCCUGUGUGCGGCUCCAAUGGGGAGAGCUUCCAGAACGAGUGCUUCCUGCGCCAGGCGGCCUGCAAGCAGCAGAGCGAGAUCCUCGUGGCGGCCGAAGGCUCCUGCGCCACCGAUGCAGGAUCCGGAUCUGGAGAUGGAGUCCACGAAGGCUCGGGCGAGACCAGCCAGAAGGAGACCUCCACCUGUGACAUCUGCCAGUUCGGGGCGGAAUGUGACGAGGACGCCGAGGAUGUCUGGUGUGUGUGCAACAUUGACUGUUCUCAAACCAACUUCAACCCCCUCUGCGCCUCCGAUGGGAAGUCCUAUGAUAACGCCUGUCAGAUCAAGGAGGCGUCCUGUCAGAAACAGGAGAAAAUCGAAGUUCUGUCUCUGGGUCGAUGUCAAGACAAUACAACUACAACUACUAAAUCUGAAGAUGGACAUUAUGCAAGAACAGAUUAUGCAGAGAAUGCUAACAAAUUGGAAGAAAGCGCCAGAGAACACCACGUCCCUUGCCCGGAACAUUACAACGGCUUCUGCAUGCACGGCAAGUGCGAGCACGCCAUCAACACGCAGGAGCCGUCCUGCAGGUGCGACGCCGGCUACACAGGGCAGCACUGCGAGAAGAAGGACUACAGCGUGCUGUACGUGGUGCCCGGGCCCGUGCGCUUCCAGUACGUGCUCAUCGCGGCCGUGAUCGGGACGGUGCAGAUCGCCGUCAUCUGCGUGGUGGUGCUGUGCAUCACAAGGAAAUGCCCCAGAAGCAACAGAAUUCACAGACAGAAGCAAAACACAGGGCACUACAGUUCGGACAACACAACGAGGGCAUCCACACGGUUGAUCUGA